AGAGUUGAGGAGCCGACAGACAUAUAAAACCCUACGCCCUGAAAUCAGAGCUUCUUCCACUAUUCAACCAGCUAAACCCUAAACCCCCGGGUUGCGUUCAAGAUUCAUCAGCAUCUUGGAAUAUGAAUUUGAACAAUGUUAGGGUUCCCAAUGUACCUGGUGGUGGUGCAGCUUCUGCUUUGGUGAAGAUUGGAAUUAUUGGUGGGCUUGGGUUAUAUGCAGCUGCCAACAGUCUCUACAAUGUUGAGGGAGGGCAUCGGGCUAUUGUGUUUAAUCGUGUAGUUGGAGUGAAAGAUAAGGUUUAUCCCGAAGGAACGCAUCUGAUGAUUCCUUGGUUUGAGAGGCCAAUCAUAUACGAUGUCCGUGCUCGACCCCAUUUAGUGGAGAGUACUUCUGGAAGCCGAGACCUGCAGAUGGUUAGGAUUGGUCUCCGAGUUCUUACCCGUCCAUUGCCGAAUGAAUUACCUACAAUGUAUAGAACACUUGGUGAAAAUUAUAACGAAAGAGUUCUGCCUUCAAUCAUUCAAGAAACUCUGAAAUCUGUAGUCGCCCAGUAUAAUGCCAGCCAACUUAUCACGCAAAGAGAGGCUGUAAGUAGAGAAAUCCGAAAGACUCUAACUGAGAGAGCAGCCAAUUUCAACAUUGCUCUUGAUGAUGUGUCCAUAACAAGUUUAACUUUCGGAAAGGAGUUUACAGCUGCCAUUGAAGCCAAACAAGUAGCUGCCCAAGAAGCCGAAAGAGCUAAAUUCGUCGUCGAAAAGGCUGAACAGGACAAGAAAAGUGCCGUCAUUAGAGCCCAGGGAGAAGCCAAGAGUGGGCAGCUGAUAGGGCAAGCUGUUGCCAAUAACCCGGCGUUCAUGACUCUGAGGAAGAUCGAAGCAGCAAGAGAAAUUGCGCACACAAUCGCGCACUCAUCCAACAGGGUUUACCUCAAUUCAGAUGAUCUGUUGCUGAACCUUCAAGAUAUGAAAUUGGAGCCAAGUGGAAAGAAGUAAGCAUCCUCAUUCCUUCAAACUUACAAGCUAUAUUACUUCCUUGUCUCGUUUCUUUGAUUAAUUGUGAAUGUUGAAGCAUUUACUUACAUCAAUGGAAUGGUGUACGUAGUACUAUCAUCAUCUCUUUUUGAACAGCAUGAGCAGCAGCCUGCUUUAAAUGGCUGCCAAUUUAGAUCCUCUUCAGUAGUUUUUGCUGUUAUAAUAAUAAUUAGAGCACAUUUUGUUAAUGCCAUUUCAACUGUUUUCUUGUGUGGGUA